UUCAACAAAACAAAUAAAUUACUAUAAAUAAAUAACUAUAAACACCCUUAUAAACUCCUCCAUAAGAAACUUCAUUUUGUAAAAUUUUGAGCCAACCAUUCUUAUUCGUCUUAAAGAAGCUAAUUAAACACCCAAUUCAAUAAUAGGUGCAUUAUAUACCCUUUUUCCUAUAUAUAUAUUUCUCCUUUUAACCUUCUUAUGCAGAAAAAAAAAUCCAUGCUUUUUUGAAUCUUAACUUACCACAAAUAACUCUUUCUCUCACACACAUUUUCUCUACCUUCUUACAACAAAGACAAUCAACAUGGUUAAGGAAAAUGGAGAAAACGGAGUAACAAAGUUUUCAAAUGGUUAUGAGUUUGAGCUUAAAGUGAAGAGAAUUGGAGAACCAAUAUUGGUUGAACCAGCAAAAGAAACUCCUAGAGGUUUCUAUUUUUUGUCAAAUUUAGACCAAAACAUAGCUGUGAUUGUACGUACAAUAUAUUGCUUUAAGUCCGAGGACAAAGGAAAUGAGUUAGCAAGUGAAGUGCUAAAGGAAGCUCUUUCAAAGGUGUUGGUGCAUUACUAUCCUUUGGCAGGACGGCUUACGAUCAGCCCUCAAGGGAAGCUUAUUGUAGAUUGUACCGGCGGCGGCGACGGCCACAACCAUGGUGCGGUGUUUGUCGAGGCGGAGGCUGAUUGUAACAUGGCUGAGAUUGGUGACUCUACCAAGCCUGACCCUAUCACUCUUGGAAAGUUGGUUUAUGAUAUUCCUAAUGCUAAAAAUCUGCUUGAAAUUCCUCCCCUUGUUGCUCAGGUGACAAAGUUCAAGUGUGGAGGGUUUGCAUUAGGGCUAUGCAUGAACCACUGCAUGUUUGAUGGUAUCGCAGCCAUGGAAUUUGUAAACUCAUGGGGUGAAACAGCCAGAGGUUUAACCUUAAACACACCUCCCUUCAUAGACAGAUCAAUCCUCGAAUCUCGAAACCCACCAAAGGUUGAUUUCAAACACUAUGAAUUCGAGGAGAUCGAGGAUAUUUCCGGCACAUGUAAUGCAUACGCUGAGGAAAUGCAAUACAGAUCCUUUUGUUUCGACCCAAAACAUCUCGAAAAAUUAAAAGCUAAAGCAAUGGAAGACGGAAACCUAAACAAAUGUACUAGUUUCGAAGCACUUUCAGCAUUUGUAUGGAGAGCUAGAAGUAAAGCACUAAACAUGAAACCAGAUCAAAUGACUAAACUACUCUUUGCUGUUGAUGGAAGAUCCAAAUUUAACCCUCCUUUACCAAAAGGGUAUUUUGGGAAUGGAAUUGUUCUUACAAAUUCUAUAUGUUCAGCUGGAAAAUUAGUGGAAAAUAAUGUUUCUUAUGGUGUAGGAUUAGUUCAAGAAGCUAUUAAUAUGGUAACAGAUGAUUAUAUGAGAUCAGCUAUUGAUUAUUUUGAAACAACAAGAGCAAGACCAUCAUUAAGUUCAACACUUUUGAUUACUACAUGGUCAAGAUUGUCAUUUCACACAACAGAUUUUGGGUGGGGUGAACCUGUGUUAUCUGGACCUGUUGCAUUACCUGAGAAAGAAGUUAUACUGUUUUUGUCUCAUGGAAGUGAAAGAAGAUCUAUUAAUGUUCUCUUGGGAUUGCCUGAUUCUGCAAUGAAGAACUUUGAAGAACAAGUUAAAGAGAUCUGAUUAAUUAAUUAUGUUUUAAUUAUAUGAGGAUUAUUAUUAUUGUUAUUGUUAUAUUGUAUUUGGGAUGAUUUUUACUAUAUGUAUGUUAUAUAUUGUAUAGAUGAUCUCAGCUGUUGAUCAUCAGUUUGUUGUUAUUGAGAAUACUGUCUAGUUUUAUUUUGUUUGUUCUUUGUUAAAUGGAUUAUUGAAUUUUAGUUUAUGUAUUAGAAGAAAAAAAAAGUUGUAAGUGAUCAACAAAGUUGGUAAUAAAGUUAUUGUCAUUUCUUA